GGCUGUGUUGCGCAUAAAAUAUUUGAUUUAAACAUCUCUAAAGUGAAGAGAGGGCUCUAGCGGCUACUCUUCUCUUUCCGCGCGGUCCUCUGGUUCCAGGAUCCGUUACUUAUUUAAUUAAUUCCUGUCGAUGCAUGAAGAAAUACUAAUUUAAGAACCCUCUUUGCGAGCAAUAAUUUAAUAGAGGUUGGUUUUAAACCCCGGGGCUUUCGCCUCUACUGCUUCGCGCUGGAGGAGGAGGAGGAGUUUCUCUUUUCUGGUCGUUUUCUGCUCUGCAUAGCUUCUUGCCUUGGCCAGAGGGAGCCAGCCCCCUAGUCCUGUGGAGGCAAGGAUUGUCUGCUCCGCUCCCACUUUUGGAGUCCGGCCGCCACCUCUAGUUCCUCUGUUGCAAGAAAAUGCUGUGAAUAACUUCUUACCUGACAGUCACAGAUUCACUUGUGGAAAAUCGCAUGGAGCAAAACCAACCAAGCCACUCCGCGGUUGUGACGGUUAAGAGCGUACAGCCAUGAUUUAGUAUAUAUAUCAUCAUCCUCGCUCUCUCUAUCACAAAACCCUAAUCCUCUCUCUCUCUCUCUCUCUCUCUCUCUCUCUCUCUCCAUCUUACGAAAGUAAGUCUGUGACCACUCGCUGUUUGUUGUAAACAAGAAAUAUCAUAAUCACAAACCCUAACUAAAUCUCAGUGUCUCUCUCUCCACUCUCUCUAGUUCCUCGUGUUGCUGUUGCUGUUGUUGUUUAACAAGGGUAAUUGACUGGUUAUUAAAAAUGGCGGCGAGUGCAUAUCCAUCUGUAAACGCAGUUCAGGUUGGUUCCUACUUUGUAGGGCAGUACUAUCAGGUUCUCCAACAACAUCCAGAUCUCGUACAUCAAUUCUAUGCGGGUAGCAGUGACAUGACUCGUAUCGAUGCCGGUUCUACUGAAUCUGCCAACACAAUGCUGCAAAUCCAUGCACUUGUCAUGUCUCUAAACCUCACUGCAAUUGAAAUCAAGACCAUCAAUUCUCUCGAUUCAUGGAAUGGAGGUGUUCUGGUGAUGGUGUCUGGGUCUGUCAAGACCAAGGAUUUUGUUAACAGAAGGAUAUUUGUGCAGACCUUUUUCCUGGCUCCACAGGAGAAGGGUUACUAUGUCCUCAAUGAUAUCUUUCUGUUUGUUGAUGAUGGGGCUGCUUACCAACAAGACCUGCCACCUGAAAACACCCGCAUGCAACAUCCAGAGCCUAUAUCAUCCGACGAGACUUUCGAUGCCCAAUUAGAUUCUUCCAACUCUCUACCAGAGGCUCCAGUUUCUGACUACGUUUUGGAGGAAGAAGCUAGAGAAUGCGUGAACUCGGUUCGUAUAGAUGAUGAUCCAGUUGACAAGUACAGUCUCCCAGAGCAACAGCACCAAGAAGACUUGGAGACUGAAAUUGUUGUAGAAGAAACACCUGUAGAUGAAAUAGCUGCUUCAUUUCAAGCUGCUGUAAAUGCUGUGCAAGAUUUCCCAACUGCUGCUCCAGAGGAACCAUUGGAAGAGCCUCCAAAGAAAACUUAUGCUUCAAUAUUACAGGUUUCUAAGGGGCUGUUUUCAUCAUCAGUUGCCACUCAGCCACCUGUUAACAAGAGUGCCCCUACUACUUCUGAUUGGAAUCACAUGCCGACACCCACUGCUCAGCAGCCAGAAUCUGUGUUGUCAUCUGCACCAGAAUCUGGAAUAGAGGUUACAGAGGAUUGCUUGGGACUAGAUGAAGGUGAACUAAAAUCUGUCUAUGUGAGAAACUUGCCCUCUGAUAUUACUGCUGAAGAAAUUGAGGAGGAGUUUAAACACUUUGGGAGAAUCAAACCUGAUGGUGUAUUUGUUAGGAACCGCAAGGAUGUUGUUGGUGUUUGCUAUGCUUUUGUUGAGUUCGAAGAUCUUCGGAGUGUUCAAAAUGCAAUCAAGGCGUCUCCAAUACAGCUGGCUGGAAGGCCAGUCUACAUUGAGGAGCGAAGAUCAAGCAGCAGCAUUGCUUCUCGAGGUGGAAGAGGAAGGGGAAGAGGGAGAGGUUACCAAACAGAUGCCCCAAGGGGGCAUUUUGGUGCCCGCAGUUUGGGCAGGGGAGGCAAUCAAGACGGUGGUGGUGACUACAGCAGAGCAAGAGGCGGUGGUUUCUAUCAGCGUGCUUUACAAUAGGACAAAAGGUUAUCAGGGAAUGAUAGUGUGGAAAGGAAGAAUCGCUCUGCCUGUAUUUGAUCCGAAGGUGGUGGUGGUUAUACAGGAUUUUUGAGUUGCUGAUCCCUGAUCGAAUAUUUCCCUCGAUUGUGCACUACUUUUAAAGUUUCAUCUCCACGUAAAUGGAGUUUCUACGCGUGAUUUUUCUGAUGCUAUACACAAGCCUCGAAUGGUUUUUACCAUACAGUUCGAGUGUGCAAAUUUUGAUUCAAGCCCGACACGGUGGUGUACGGAUUUUAUGUGCUAAUUUUAUGGGUUAGAAGAGUAAUCUUCUCUUAAUGAAAAAUGAACACUCUCCUCUA